GUUGUUGGAUUAGGUACUUCAAUAGUCAAAAGUAGAAUUGGCAGAUCAAAAGAACUCAAUCCUCAGCAAAGUCAUACAAAGCGAACUGAGAAGCUAAAUCUGAUCCACAAAAUAUGAGCAACCAGGCACAAUUCUUGAAUCUACCAGCACACGUUGUCUCUGAUAUUUUGUCCAGAUUACCACCCAAGACUAUCAUCCAAUGCAAAUCUGUUUGCAAAUCAUGGCUGAGUCUGCUAUCUGAAUCUGAAUUCACUAAUUUACACCUGCUAAGAUCUCCUCCCUGCCUGAUCAUAAACAACCUCGAUUACCAUCCUUCAGAUUUGAAUUGCUUCAGUUUAGUUGAAUUCGAAGAUCAGCCUGAUCACCAUGAUUUUCAAUAUGUUGCAGGAACAAAAAUCAAGGCCCCAGAAGGGUGUGUCGUGGAAAAUGGUGCGACUGCUACCAUGGUUGGCUCCAUCAAUGGCUUAAUCUGCUUGAACGAAUUCGAUCAUAAACAUGAUGCUGUCUACUUGUGGAAUCCAAUCAUACGAGAAUCCAUCACUCUUCCGAUGCCAGAGGGGGUAAGAUCAUAUCCAAAUAUAGUAAGUUAUGGAUUCGGAUCAAGCUCUGAAACUAGAAAAUACAAGGUGGUUCGGAUUUUCCAAGAGCGAGAGAAGAAUACACGACGGGUAUUAAAGUCCAAUUGCGAUGUUUAUACAGUAGGGGAAGAAACAGAAUCUUGGAGGAGGAUUGGGCAUGCCCCUUUCCUUUAUAAUAGUUGUCGCACUCAUGGUGUUUUCCUGAAUGGUAAUCUUCAUUGGCUGAUUGGUGAUCAAGCUGGCUCUGAAUUGAUAUCCUGCUUUGAUCUUGAAACAGAGUUGUUUUCACCUUUCCCUGCUCCUCCAGAACUGAGCAAAGAUUUCAAUUUAGCUAGCUUGGGACUUUUUGGUGGCUGUCUGAGCUUGUGUGAUAACACUUCUGAUUAUGAGAUCGUCAUUUGGGUGAUGAAAGAAUACGGAAUCACCAAGCUCUGGACUAAAGAUAUUGUCAUAGACAAGGAGCCUGCUGAUCUUGUCGGGCCAUCUUUUGAAGUUGUUCGAGUUUUUAAAGUUUUUGAAGAUGGGAAUAUCUUGCUUUUGUGGAGGGAUGACAUUUUACUUUCUUAUGAUUCUCAGAGGCAAAUCUUGCAUCAGUCUGGCGUUCAUAAACUCAUCAAGAAAAUUGAUGAUCAGAUGAAUGAAGAUGGCUACCCUUGCAUAGAAAUAAUGGAAUACGUUCCAACCUUUCUUUCCCUCAAGAGUUUUGGGAUCCAGAUGAUGGAAAGCAUAAACUAGAAUCUUGGUACAGAUGUUGGCUCAACUUUUGGAAGUUUCUCUUUCAUUGGGAUAUUGUAAAAAAAUGUUUCACUAGCGUACAUCUUGUAGUACUGCAUCAUUUAUUGGGCAGAAACAAUGAUAAAUGCUAGUGCAAUUUAUGCCCUGGUAGUGCAAUAAUAAUAAAGAGAAGAAGAAGAAGUAGAACUUCCUUUUGAUAUCUCAAAUAUGGCAUUAAUUGUCAUCCUUGAUUUUUGUUGGAAAAUAAUUAUUUGCAGCUCCCUAAUUUCUUG